AUGCAGUCUCUCCUUAGAGAAGCAAGCGCCAAGUCUAGCGACAUGUUCAGAUUCACGGCCAUCAGGGUUCAAAUCGCGGGGUUUUCAACAUCAAGAACCCGACCGAUCUCAAGUUCUCCAAGAAAGCCAGGAUCCAUCGCCCAUAUCAGCUCUCUCUGUCCCCUUUCAGAGCAACAGAAGAAGAUUAUUGCAAAAAAUCCGCUCGGCCGUACUCUUGACAGCGUUCGCGAGAAACUGCGCGACUCUAACGAAGCCGACAAGACGCAUCGAAAAAAUAUCGCAGACCUUAUACAGGCGCUUUGCGGUUCUUCAGCAGGCUGUGAAAUUCUCAUUCUCGACGAUGGCAUACUACGACUACUGUGCAUGCGAAUGGAAGUUCGAGACGGGAAGAAGACAGCAAAUCUCGACUUAUUUCGCCCUCUCGUCCGAGUUGUCGUUGACGACAAUACCAACGACAAUGCCAUUUGGGCUGCCGUCCUUCGUCUCCUCGACCCCCGCGCCACCAUCUCACAAACGCCUGUUGAUAUCAACUCGAGUUGGGGCAUCCAGCUACCGCCGUUGACAAACAAGGACAAAGACCUAUGGGAAGAGAAAAUCUAUAACUGCCUCGUCAGCCCACCAGCCGGGCAUGUUAUCAGCAGGUUUCGUACAGUCAAGCAACUGCUGGAAUCGAUGCGAGAUGCAAUCAAGGCGCACCGAUAUCUCUACCUCACCCGCAACAUUCUGCACUGUAAUAUCUCUCCAGACAACAUCAUCAUAACGGACCCCAGCAUCACAAAUGGCCUCAAGGGCAUGCUGAACAUGGCGGCCAAGGUUCAGGAGGACGACCAGGACCCGAGCGGACAACCAAUAAAUGAUACACUCCCGUUUAUGGCGAUUGAAGUAUUGCGCAAUAUGGACCACACCUACCGUCGCGACCUCGAAUCGUUCUUCUACGUCCUACUUUGGAUGUGUGCGCGCCAAUCGUGGCAUAACAGAUUUUCCGGCAAAAACGAGCAAACCCCUGGGAAGAGCUUUCUUGAUCGAUGGGAAAACGGCAAUUUGAAGAAUAUUGCUUUGAAUAAGAGAGGUGACAUGUCGUCUCAAGAUACGCUUGGAGACCUGAUGGAUCAAUUCCCAAAGUCGUUGGACCCUGUGAAACCGCUUUGUUUCCGUAUCAGGAAGAUUCUUUUUGCCCCGUAUGAUUCAAAGGGACGAAUGCUCUUGGGAACACCCGAAGGAAACCCGGACCUACUCUACAGGCCUAUUAUAGAAGCUUAUGAUGAGGUUAUUGACAGAUUGUAGAGAUUGUACAGUGAUGAGGGGAAAUACGAUGGAAAAUGUGGUUAAUUC